UGAAAGGUUUCUAUAACACUAUUACUUAUUGGUUUUGGAGAAUAUUGAGAAGGGAAAAAAGCUACAUGGGUGUUUUCACAUCACAUGCAAACUCUGCAGACUAAAAGAGGGUUUUUGAGUGUCUUAUGGUUCAUUUAAGCCACAAGCCAAGUUUUUUCUCCAAAGAGAAAACUUUAGGCAGAGAUUCUUGCAGGUUUUUGGGAACAGUUUAAUAAUUUUCCAGUAACUUUCGGUUUUCUCUCUCUCAGUUUCUUUCUGAGAUUAAUCUUAAAAGAGAUGGUUGUAGCCAAUGCAAUCAAAGGCCUAGUUUCUGUUUUAGUGAUUAUGGUGUUGAUUUUACCACAAAUUGCUGCUCAAGUUCUUCCACCAGCUGAUUCUCCAUCAGAUAAUGCACCAGAACAGAUUUGGCAGCUUGAUAAUACUGUUAGAGUGGAUCCUUUUGAUCAUUUCGGAAAGUACAAAGGAGGAUUUGACAUCACCAACAAGCACUAUUGGAGUGUAUAAAUCUUUCUCAACUCUCAGAAGUGUGGAAGUGAUUGUUUAGAGGAGCUCGUGAAGUUCACUCUCUCUAACUCUCAGAAUUACCAUAUUGCCCUUUCUACUGAAUUCUGCUCCACCCUUCUCAAAGAUGAUCCCACACAACCAUCUUCUUCACUCGAUUUGUUGGAAGGAGUGCCACUGUAUCCAUUGUACAAGCGUCUAGCAUUAGUUCUCUUGAAAUGCAUGGAUUCUCAAACGUUUUUCUGGACAGGAUCAUGCAAUUCAUCGGUGACCAAUGAAAUUGAUAUUGCUUCCGUGCAGAAGAAGCAUUCCGAGUGGCACAAAUUGAUUUUGGAUAAGAUAUCUGAGAUACUAAUAUUUUGAAGAGUCUCUCUUUUGAAAUCCAUGUUCAAGAACCAUUUUUCUCACAGCUCAAAGUUAUUGACUGCAGAUGGCCUGAAAACAGUUGAAGGGAGGUGCGCCGGCGGCAAAUACAGCAGGAUUGGACUAGGAAACCUGAUUCUGGUAAACAAAUCUGUCGUGUUUGAAGUUCAGGGAAUACGUUGGUAUCCUACCUUUGCUGACAUGUUGGAGACAGAAAACCUCGGGAAAGUUCUUCCAGGUGUUGACAGUGUCGAAAAAGGAGUAGAAAUCUACCGGAGGUUUUACACAGAAGAGAAGGAAAAGUCAAAUGGUGUUCUUGCAAUUGGUGUUUCAAAACAUACCCUUCAACCAUACAUUCCUUUGGCCAAUUUAUUCUCUGAAUUAAGUUAUGAAGGUGUUCAAGGCCUUCUAGGGUUGAUGCAUACAGCAGGGACAAUUCCAGAUGCGCUUCCACCACCAAGAUCAACUCUAUUAGCAUCUUUUAGUUUGCUAUGCAAUCCAGAUUUCCAUUGCAGAAUAUCGAAAGGGCGACAGAACAAACAUAGGAAAUAAUGGGAUCACACUGGCCUCGGCGGAAAACUUGACAUCCAGACAUGUUGCAUGUGCAACCCAUCAACUACCUCCGGCGCCGUCUUCAUUCUGCCCGGCCGGAGGACGACUAGGACGACGACGGAGCAAGAACCUUUGCCUUUCCUCCACAACGUCCAGCCGGCGUUCCAGCUCAGACCACGGAAGAGACUCAACCUGUUGUCGUUCAUGGCGCUGGGCAAUUUCAGCUUGUAAUUCCUUCUCAGUGAGAACCAACUGUUGAAGGAGCGCGUCAUUUUUUCGCUUCUCUGUGCUCAAUUCUUUUUCAAGCCGUCGCUUUUCCUGCACCUCUUUCUCCAGUUCAUCCUUCCUUGCCUCGAAGACGAACUUGGAGGCCAUCAGCUCGACCUUUGCCUGCCUCAGUUCUGCGUUGGUGGUUACAAGUGUCGCCUUUAAGUUCUCCUCCCUCCUAACCAGUGCCGCCGCAACGAGAUCACAAUCUGCGGACCUAUCAUCUACGCGGAUGAUGUCGAUAAGUGCGUCGAUGGAGAGUUCCACGAGGUCCUCUGGACUAAUGGCGUGUUCUGUGAUUGAUUGCUCCGACAUUUUGUCGGGAUAAGACGACGACGACAUUGUGGCAGUUAUGGAGAAGGGUAGACUGAGAGUUGAGAGAAGGAGUUCCGGCAAAGAAGACGUGAAUAAGGGUUAGUCG